AGAUAGAGUUUGAUGAAUCAAGUGCUGCCCAACAUAUCCUAGAGCCUAGUAACCCUUUCAUUUUAGAUAAUUUAAGACUUCCUAAACAGGUGAAGAACAAUAGGAAAUUGAAGAGUUUUGGGAAAUGGGAAAUACUGCAAUCUUUGCUCCAACUAUAUUUUGACCUACUCACCAUUCUUAUCAUUUCUAAAGACAUACGUAGCUUGGGCCGAUUGGAUGAGGGGCCAGGUGUCAGGUUAGGUGAGCGGUGACAGCUGAUUUAGUGCUGCCAGCUGAUACUCGAAAAUUAAUAACCUCAACAAAAAAUGUUAGCAUUUUCAAAUUUCAUCAAACAAUUAAGUUCAAAAAAUGUACGACAUAUCCGAGUUUCAGAGAUUCUGUCAAGCGGGCGAACACAAGUCAAUUGCCGCAAAUACUGCAAUAAUGCCCCUUUUCCAAAACAAAAGCCCCCAGGUAGAGGAAUAGGACCUAUAACAUGGAAAAACCUUGCGAUCACUUCAGUAUUAGGUGGAAGUCUUUUAGCAUUUAUGUGGUAUUUGAAAAAAGAAAAAGAAGAAGCACAAAUGAGAGAAAGGCAACGAAUGUUGGGUAAAGCAGCAAUUGGUGGGAAGUUUGAACUCAUAGACAGUGAUAAGAAGUUGAGGAGCAGUGAUGAAUUCCUUGGAAAUUGGCUCCUAAUUUACUUUGGUUUCACUCAUUGUCCUGAUAUUUGUCCAGAUGAAUUAGAAAAAAUGGCUGCUGUGAUUGAAAACUUGGAUGGUUCAGAUGAAAUGCCUAGAAUACAACCACUUUUCAUAUCUGUUGAUCCCACCAGAGAUACACCUGAAGUGGUUGGCAAAUAUUGUAAGGAGUUCAGUCCCAGAUUACUAGGACUUACUGGAAGUGAAGAACAAGUUUCAAAAGCUUGUAAAGCUUAUAGGGUAUACUUUAGUGCUGGCCCAAAAGACUCUGACAGUGAUUAUAUUGUGGACCAUACUAUAAUAAUGUAUUUAGUGAAUCCUGAUGGGGGAUUUGUUGAUUAUUAUGGACAAAACAGAUCAGCUUCAGAUAUAGCUACUUCAGUGAGAGUGAAUGUAAUGAAAUAUAACCAAGCAAACAAAACUAGUUGGUUGUGAAAUAUUUAUAAUUAUACAAAAUAUAAUAAUAUAAAAUAGAUAUUAUUGAAAUAGCAAUUUUAUUGGUAAAUAA